AUGAAAAACCCAUUGUUAUCAUUAACAUAUUUCUUAUCACUUACGCUUCAACUUGUAAAAUCAGAUGUUGGAGUUCACUUGGAUCACACACCAGCUAGUGGUGGAUUCUUUGAUUUGCUCGAGGAAGAAAAUUUUAAAAUUCAGUGCAUUUCAAAUGAACCGGUUGAAAGUGAAGAUGACAUAAAGUGGACAACGGUCGACAAUAAUGAAAUUGAUUCCGCUUCUAUGAGGUAAAAUACGAAGUUUUUUUUAAAAGCGUCUUUUAAAUUUUUUUAAUUUAAAAAAAAUUCGAUUUAAAAUUUGUAAAACUGCUAAAGGUAGAUUUAUACACAGUAAAGGCCGUCAAAAAUAUAUAAAUUUGCAGGUUCUAAUUUCCAUUUUUAGCCGAUUCACAAUUUCUUCUCGAUUACGAAAAGGUCAAGUGAUAAAAACGUUGAUCUUUACCAAAAUUCAGCCACACGAUGAAGGCACUUAUUAUUGUCAAAUGUUCGAUCGUGGUGAACUUCUCAAAAGAAUUGAUGUCAAUAUUAGAGUUAGCAGUAAGUUUAGAAUCUUACAAGGAAAGUACCGAUUUGCCCACUCAAAAUUAGCUCAAAGUUCUUACAACGCAAAUUAAUCAAGCACAGGUUUGACUAGGCUUAUUGAAACUGCCAUUUCUUAUAACAUAAAACACUUUCCAGAAAAAGUCGUAUGGAGUUCGAAUGCCACUGAGCUGGGAGGUAAAAUUGGAGAACCAUUGACGAUUGAUUGUGGCACGAAAUCGAAUCCAGAAGCUGAAAUUGAAGCAUACGAUAGUAAUGACGUUCCGUUAUUGGAAUCUGAAUUGAAGUUUGUUAGAGCCAACAAUGAGUUCACAAUUCCAGCACUAACAGACGAGUAUCAAGAUGAAGAAGUUACUUGUAGUGCGUAUGUGACCUUGCAGAACAAAGUUACGAUUACUGUCAGCAAAGUGGUCAAAAUUAAGGUUUAUAGUAAGUUGUGGUUUAAAGAGUUUAUUAUUACGUUGUUCAAAUUAUUCUAAGCCUUCUAACACAAAAAAUUUUGUUGGAGAUGGGGCACAGAAUUAUUUUAACAGCCUAAUGUCUUUAUCUAAAAUUGUUUAUUUUAAGGUUGUUUGUUACCUAAAAUGAUAGUAAAAGCAAUGUAAAAACCCAAAAAAAGCAAUAAUAACCUGAUGACCUUCUUCAGAAAAACCAGAAUUCAAGAAGAUCCAUCACGUUGUGCAUGCUGUUGUCGGUCAAACAGCUCGAAUCAGAUGUGAAGUCUUAAGUUCCGUGCCAAAUGUGGUUAACUUUCAGUUUAUGAAGAAUGGACAGCUUAUUGAAACAAGCUCAGAGUACCGGGUAGAUAGUUUUCCUUCAAAAGGCUAUGCCAUUUUAAGUGUUGUUGAUGUACAAGACAAUGACUUUGGAACUUACAAAUGUAUUGCUCAUAACUCAAUAUUGAGUAAUGAGGUUGAUAUCGAUUUGGUUGCGGCUAGUAAGGGCUUUAGUUUUUUUAUUUUUAAAGUUUUUUAAAAAUUUAUUUUUGUACUACUAUAUUUAUUUAAGAUUAUAAUAAUAAAAAAUAGUUUUUAAUGUAAAUUACGAUACAAGUUUUAAAUUAAUAUUGUUUUAGAAGCUCCAAAACAGCCAAAAGUAGCUUUCCUUGGCUUUAAUGAUGGCGAAACCACAUGGAAAAUUGAAAAUCAAGAAGCGAAUGAACUGCCAGUAACAACGUACUCAAUUCGAUAUGCUAUUGAGAGGCUAAACACUACUGCAACCUCAAACCUGGUAAGCUUAAUAAUUUAUUUACAGCAUAAAUUCUGAACAACGAACUCUUUUAUAUAAAAAAACUUUAAAAACGAACAACUUUUCAAUCUCUUGUGUAGCGACAGGUUUGGCCAACCUCGAACUGGGUGGGUCUAAUGGGCUCCUUUUUAAAUCUAAUAUACAGUUAUUUUGUUUUAGAAACCUGGAGACAAUGUGGCAAGAGAAUGGUUGAAGCAAAAUCACUACGCUGCUUCAGAAAUUGUUGUAAAACGAGGUAAGUUAACGGAAAGUCAUCUCAUAUGUCAAAAGUAAAAACAUAUUGAAUUUAUUUUUUAAAAAUAUGGUUUAACUUUACGUUGCUCGUACUUUACACUUAUGCUUUUUACAUUUAGUGUCUUCAAACUUGUACAAAAUCGAUGGACUAUUCAAGGAGAACCGGUACAUGUUUGAAUUUACCCCAAGAAACGCUGCCGGCACCGGAGAGCCAUUUUAUGUUACAGUAAAUUUGGAGAAGAAUGUAGAAGUAGCUGACUCAUCAAAUGUUGUACAUUACUUUUUUGUUGUUUUCACCGUUUUAAUAGCCUUAUAUUUUAUGUAA